GCAUUCGGUCGUCCGUUUUAGGCGUUCGUUUUAGGCAUUCGUGUGAACUGUCGUCCGUUUAAAGCAUUCGUUUUAGGCGUCCGUUUUAGCGGUUGGUUUUAGGCGUUGGUUUCAGGCGUUCGUGGAAUCGUUUGAUUGUUUUGAUGAUCGCGAGAUUGAGCUCUCAGUUUUUAAGUAUUUUGCAGAACCAGUCCUUGAUUUAUUACUUAAAUUUUGAUCUCCAUCGUUGAUGUUAGUUAAACAUAAAAAAUGGCGGAUAUCACGUCCAUGCUGAGCGAUGUAGUAAAAACACUAGAGAAUAUAGCUAAAAGAAAAAGCCAGAGAAAAAACGAAUCAAACGACGAGGAAGACAAGCAAAGAAAUAGGGAAAGAUCAGAUAAGAUAGCAAAGCCCAGAACGACUCAAUCUGAAUUAAGGUAUAGUUUGAGCUAGCUAGCUAACAGAAGUUCACAAAAUGUCAAUUCAACAAUAUCAUAGAUGGAAAGACAAUAAUACCACAUAAAGUUUCUGGAUUUUUUUUCUAUAUAUAGUUCUGUCCAUGCAUCUUCAUUUCCAAUAUUAUAUACAACAAACAACGUUUUUGAGUGUAUUUUUCACUACUUUAUUAUAGCACCUUGUUCCCUCAAUAAGAAGCAAAAUACCAGAUUCGUUGAAAAGAAGAAAGAAUGAAGGUGGUGCCUGUGCUGGAAAAAAUUCUUUUGUAACUGACACUUGGACACGGGAUUUCUGCUGUCUUCCAUACACGUUUUCUGCUGAAACACCCUCUGUUGAUCUUCUUGGAUUGUUAACCGAGGCAGGAGCCAUAGAUUAGUGGUUAUAGCUCUCGUACUCUGUGCGGGAGACCGGGGUUCGAUUCCUCUUGACGGCGAUUCAACAUGGGCGAGUGAGUGUUACCAUAGCCCCGGGUUAACCCAAGCCAUGUGAGGGAAAUUGGGAAGAUGGCACACUGUGUGUGCUGUUGGAUGUUGCCAGGAGUUGUCUAGUAGAGCGCGGGCCCUAAUUGGGUCUGCGUCGCUCAAAAUGAGCAUUAAGUACUCUAGGACUCUCCAUCUAAGCCAUGGCCCCUCCUGGAAAUAAUAGACAGGGUAUAUCCCUCGAUAUUUGUGAGGCUAGCCAUGUAAAAUAUGCACAUCUAUCUAUCUAGGAUUAGGGAGGAAAAGGAUAAAGUUUAACCAAAAGGAUAAUCAUCACACCUGAAGCAUAUCCUCGGCUGAAAGUUGUAGGUGGGUUCACUUUGUAUAAAGCUGUAGAUGGUGGUUCAAGGAGACCACUAAAAAAAAUUGAUAUUGAUUGGUACGAUGUUAAGAUGCUAAAAAAAAGAAAGAAAUACAUAAAGCCUCUGCAAGAGAAUUUAGAUCUGACUCACUUAAAAGAAAAUGAGGUAGUUUGUCAGGAAAACAUAAUGAAUAGAUCUGGACCUGAAAUAAAAUGUUCCGGUUGCUCCCAUCUAUUUCCAAUAAAAUCACUUGAGGCACAUAAAGCAUUUUGCACUCCUACUGUAGUGAGCCAAGUACUUUCGAGUUGCUCUGAUGACGAGGAUGAGGAACAGCAGAAAAAGAAAAAGAAACAAUCAAAGAUAAAUUUUGAUAAAUUCUUGGAGCAGGAGCCAGUGGAAAGACUUAACGAGAUGUUUCCAGAAAAAGAUUAUGAAUCAUUGUCCAAGACACUGGAAGAAAAUUCUUUUGAUAUAACAGACACUAUUGAUGAGCUGCUAUUAAUAAAAUCAUGCUUUUCAAACAAUGCAUCACAUGAAGUUUCGAAAGUAUGCAAUAGGUCACAUGAAGUUUCAAAAAUUUUUGACAUAAAAGAUGCUUUGGAGGUUUUAUCUUCACAGUUAUAUGAAACAUCAAAAUCCCUCGAUGUCAAGCCUGAUUCAAUAUUUAACGACAUCAUGUCGUAUUACAAGGACAGCAAUUUCAAUCCAAAGUAAUGUUUAAAAAUAAGAUACAUAGACCAACCUGCGGCAGACACAGGUGGGGUUAUGCGUCAGUGCUAUACUGAUGCAUUUGAGUUUUUCCUGAAUAAUUGGUUUUGUGGAAUAUCUGAUACCAAGAUACCCAUAUAUAGGUCGGAUAUAUAUGUCACCAAAAUUUUUGUUAUCCUGGGAUCAAUUAUCUCACAUUCCAUUUGUCAGGGUGGUCCUGGAUUUCCUGUAUUUCCCAAGUCGGUGUACAGGUAUCUUAUUAGUGGUAGCACCAGUGAUGCCAUACAAUUUUUAGAUGUGAAUGACAUGGGAGAUAUGCAAAAAUGGAACUAUGUAAAUCAAGUGAGUGGAAUUGCAUUCUUCUUUUCCUUACCAUAGCUUUACCUUCUGUACUUUUGAAAAAUAUUUAAUGUAUGUAAAAUUAUUUUGAAAUCAAGUUUAGUGACACAGUGACAUUCUUUUCUGUGGUGAAUUAACUCAUUGGUACAGGUCUAAAACAAGAAAUCGCAAA